UUGGUAUUUCAUUAUUACCAACCUCCUCAUACUUCCUGCCGCUAGGGGGCAGACACCGGGAUCCCGCCGGGUCACAGCUGAGCACUAUAUCAACGAGUGCUUCCGGCUCGAGUCUUCCUCUUUCCCUCUGCAUCGGGUCGCCGCCGCCAUGGUGAACGUCCCGAAGACCCGCAGGACCUACUGCAAGAAGUGCAAGAAGCACCAGCCUCACAAAGUUACCCAGUACAAGAAGGGAAAGGAUUCCCUCUACGCACAGGGUAAGAGGAGAUACGACAGAAAGCAGAGUGGUUAUGGUGGUCAGACUAAGCCCAUUUUCCGCAAAAAGGCGAAGACUACAAAGAAAAUUGUGUUGAGGCUUGAGUGUGUGGAGCCCAACUGCAGAUCCAAGAGAAUGCUGGCCAUCAAGAGAUGCAAGCACUUCGAGUUGGGUGGUGACAAGAAGAGAAAGGGCCAGGUCAUCCAGUUCUAAACUGUGGUCCAGUCUUCUGGAUGUUGUCACAAUUUUCAAUAAAUGUAGUAAAAGAAACAAA